AUGCCUUACACGCCCCCUAGCAAGUCUCCUGCCUCAUCAGCUCCCACAUCACCAGACACCAGCCGACGCCCCUCCCUGCAGGCAUCACCUGGUGGUUCUCGUCCGGUCCUCCCUCGGUCGGCCUCAUAUUUGACCAAGCACCGAAGGACACCAUCGGCGGUGGGAGCUAGCCAUGGCCCAAUAAAUCAGCCUUCACCCGAGGCCACCGUGGCCGACCUUAAGGGCAUGCUUAACCACAGCGUCAGGCAGUCGCCGCCUCCCGUCACUGACGGCCAGACAAUGCCCAAUGGCGCCGUCAUCUCGCCGCCCGAGUCAUCAGCAUCCAGUGACGACGACGACCUUCCUCAGCUCCGUGGUCGGCGCAUCGAGAACCUCAAGAAGCUGCAUGACGCCAUCAGCCAGAUACCACAACACCGUGAGGGCUCGCCCAGCAAAGCAACUGACACCGUCGAUUCUGGAGAUCUACUCGUUCUUCCAUCACAAACUGAGAAACUUACCGAAGGGGUUCACCACAGCUUUAGCGCAAGCUCGUUGGACGACCUCGCUCACGCACGGAGAACCUCACAUAACAGGUCUAUGACAAUGCCAGAUGUGGGCAUGUCCAAGUCCGCUGAGGCUUCAAUAACAAAUUCCGAAGAGGAAGAAGAAGAUGAGCUUCUCCCAAGACCUCAAAUGCUGCGGAAGAAGUCUGGCGAGCUUGUGCGUCCAGCCCUGCGCCCUGCUUCCCGACGACGGCCCUCCAGUAUGCCCGGCACGCCCACAUUUUCCAAGGCUGUUCACUUUGACUCCCACCUUGAACACGUCCGCCACUUCCUCCAAGUUGAUCGCCCUCUCGCUGUCAGUGCAGGCUCCUCACCGGUAGACAACUAUGACAGUGACACCGAGUAUCCUUUUGGUGCCGAUGAGAAGCAAGGUACGCGGUCACCUCCAUUCGAAUGGGAAAUGGUGAUCCACAACUUCCCCACCGAGACACUUGCACGGAAAUCACAGGCCGUACGCCUGGAGCGCGUUUGGCUUUCCAACGAUCACAAAUUCUUGAUCGGAUCUGUGGUCGUAGCCAACCUCGCCUUCCAGAAGUCGGUCACCUGUCGAUUCACUCUGGACUACUGGAAGACCACAUCUGAGGUCAAUGCUGAGUACGCCUCCGAGGUCACACCGAGGGUCACCGAGCAAGGCCACGACAGGUUCAACUUCAGCAUCAAGCUGGCUGACCUGGCAAACUUGGAGUCGAAGACCUUGUUCUUCGCCAUCAAGUUCUCUGCCAACGGCCAAGAACACUGGGAUAACAACAACGGUCCCAAUUUCCAAGUCGACUUCCGCAAGAAGAUGCUUCCCCAGAACGGCAAGAAGGGGGCUAUUGGUGCUUCCAACAGACCCGCACACUCCCUCCCCAGGAGUAACCGCAGGUCAAAUCCAUCUGCGGCACCACGGCCCAAGUCCAUGCCUGUUGGCUUCGAUGACUUUGGUGACAGCCCCAAAGUCAACUUCGACCAGUCGAUUCAUGAAUACCUCGGCGAGGCUGGCCCUGGCCCUGUGCUGCGGCUGAAGAGCUCAAAGUCCACGACCAGCAUCCCGAGCGACAACUUGUCCAAUCGGCUCUCGGCUCCGAGUGGUCAGGCAUUUUCCAACAGAUACGAUUUUGGCGCGUCUCUCACAGCUGCGAUGCAGGCGGCCAAAGAUUCCAUGGUCAAGCCCGACGGUUUGCAAAUGAAGUCGCAGCGCAAGACCCCACCUUUGGCGACGGCCAACAUGGGAAAGCCGCUCUCCAAGGACCAACAACCCACUGCGACGAACAAGAAUUUGGCUUCUGCAAAGAGUACACUGCCGCCUGUUCCUGGCACCGGCUCUCCUGGGGCAACGAGCAUUGCGUCUUCAUCUUACGAGGAAAUCGUCAACAAAUACUGCUUUUUUGGAUCAAAGCAGUCAAGUCCCCAACUGAGGGACGGUACACUGGGAGGCGGGAAGUUCGACGGGACCGAUGAUGCGCUGGCGCGCGGGCUGAACAGCAAUGGUUCCAGCAGCAACGGGAGCCCUCUUACUUUUGGCUCGCAGCAGCGCGGACGUGGACCCCAACAACGACAAUGGGCAACUUCAGACCCCAACCCGUACUUUCAACACUCGGCCGUGCUUCCUCCUGUUGGGGCAUCUCCUAAUGUUUCACCCCUUGGCAACACAAUGGUCCGGGCCAACAGCCCCUCCAACGGGCCGCCACGAUCCUCGCCUUCGGUGAUGGGCCAGUCCACCGGACGAACGGCUUCGCCGGCGUCCAUGGUAGGUGGGUUUCAACCCUUCACCGGUACGUCGCCAGAUGAGUUUGCGAGUUACAUGCACGAUCGAUUUCCAUUCUUCGGUCCCGACGCUCAUUCUGCGACAGCUAUUAGGGGCAACUAG